UAACUGAUUUCAAAUUCUCAGGCACUUGAUCUAGGGUUUAAUGUGUGAUUGCUAUAUCUGUGCAUAAUGCAGAUGGUUGAUAUAUAUGCUGUACCUGUUUUUCACCAUGGAGGUCAUUUUGGUAGAGGACCCGGUGGCACUCUUGAGUAUAUUGGUGGGAAGGUUGAGAAAUUUCCAGAGAUGGAUUUGGACUUUGUGAAUUUUGGGGAUUUGGUUACACUAUUCAAGGGUUUGGGCUAUGCAACAUACAGGGCAGUCUAUUGGUAUGACCCAACCAGUAAUGAUCUUGAGUCUGGACUGCACAUACUGAGAGGGGAUGCUGGAAUCAAUGAAAUGCGAGAGAACAAGUUGAAGAAUUCAAAUAUCAACGAGUUCUAUAUUUACUUCGAUCACCCUGUUGAUGAGCCACAGAUUGUGGAAGAAGAAGCUGCUGCAGAACAGGGGCUGGAAGAAUUUGAUGAUGCAGUUGAUGUGGACAGUAUCAUGCGGGAGCUUCAGUCAUCACCAUCGACAGCAGGGGAUGGGAAUGGUAGUGGGGAGGACGAGUUGUAUGAACCUCCUCCGAAUGGCACUGAAACUGGUUCUGAUGAUGACUCCUGUAGUUGUGAUGAGGAGAAUGAUCUUAUGAAGAAAAGAAGCACUAUGAAAGGAAAGGAGAAAGUGAUGCCAAGAAGAAGGGUCACUGUCAAGGAAGGGCCAGGGGCAGAGUCAAGUGGGAACAAGAGAGGUGCUGGGAGAAAGACUGCAAGUGUGCCUAGUGGCAAAGGUACCAUGCCAGCUGCCAAGCCCAAAGGAGCUGGGCCUAGUGCGAGGCCCAAAAGAACCAGGCCUACAGCCAAGCCCAAAGGAAGUGUUCCUCAUCACAAGCCCAAAAAAACUGGUGCUGUCGUGCAUGCUGAAGAAAAUGUUCCAUCUGUGCAGCCCAAUGACAGGCCUCCAAUAAGGCUCUAUGUGAAUGAGGAGGAAUCAGAUGAUGAUGACCCGGUUUAUGAGUAUGCAUCUGAGGACCUUCACACACCAGUGUCCUCAGAGGAUGAGGGAGACAAGCAUGAAUUUCCAGUGUUUAAUGAAGACUAUGGAUUUGGAGAGGGGAGGUUUGAGGUGGGUACCAAGUUUGCAACCAUAGAUGGCUUCAAAGAGGUUGUGAAAGAUAUGUUCAUAGCUGAGGGGAGAGAAUUGUUGUGGAUAAAGAAUGAUAAGGAAAGGGUGAGAGUUGCAUGCAGAGGUGAAAACUGUCCAUGGCUGGCACAUCUAUCUUACAACAAGACACUGCUAUGCUUCCAGGUUAAGACUUACAAGUCUGAGCACACAUGUGCAAGAGAUCUGGGUAGUAAUGCUGCUGAUCAACACUGGAUCAGUAAGAAGGUGGAAAAGCGAAUGGGAAGUCAACCUCAUAUGACAACUAAUGAGGCAACUGAUUUUCUCAGAGAAGAGUUUAACUUAGUUGUGCAUCCGAAGAUGGUAUAUAGGGCAGUAAAGGAAGCCAAGGAAAGGCUAGUGGGAAACGAAAAAGAACAGUAUGGAAAGCUCAGGGAGUAUGGGAUGGAGAUUCUCAAGAGUAAUCCUGGGUCAACAGCAAGAAUUGAUGUGAAGCCUAUCCCUCAGUCCCUUCCUGUCUUUGACAAGAUAUAUAUCUGCUUCGAGGGCUGUAAGCAAGGCUUCAAGAGUGGAUGUAGGCCUUUCAUCCAUCUAGACGGGGCCUUUCUUAAGACAUACCAUGGAGGCCAGUUACUAUCAGCAGUGGCACAGGAUGCCAACAAUCAGUUCUAUGUUGUGGCAUUUGCUGUUGCAAGAUCUGAGACGAAGGAGUCAUGGAAAUGGUUCCUUACACUACUUCAGGAAGACCUGGGUGAUGCCUCCCAAUUUGGUUGGAACUUUAUGUCCGACCAGCAAAAGGUAACAAUCUUACUCUCCUUUAUGUGUUUAGUUGUUGGUGUUGAUAGAAUUAGUCUAUAACCUGCUUAGUUGUUGGUGUUGAUAGAAUUAGCCUAUAAUCUGCUUAGUUGCUGAUGUUUAGGGUAAUAGCCUAUAAUCUGUUUAUAUCUUGUUGUUUAUUGAAUUAGCAUAUAACAUGUCUAGAUGUUGGUGUUUAUUGAGUUAACCUAUUUGCUGUUUAUUUUUUGGUGUUUAUUGACUUAGCUUAUAAUGUGCUUAGUUGUAGAGUUUGUUAGGUUAGCCUAUAAUGCUGUUUAAUUGUUGGUGGAAAUGAGUAGGGCCUGCUGCCAGCCUUAAAAGAGGUAAUGCCAAGGGCACAUCAUAGAAACUGUGUCAUGCAUAUAUGGAAGAACUUUAUUAAUAGGUUCAAAGACAUGCACAUUAGAGACAUUGUGUGGGAGUGUGCUAGGUGUACAACUGAACCAGAAUUCAAGGAGAAAAUGGAUAGGCUGAAGGGGGUUAACAAUGUGGCAUGGGAAUAUUUGAUGAAGUUUGAACCUACCACCUGGGUUAAAGCCUAUUUUAGUCAUGGACCCAAGGUGGAUAACCUGACUAAUAAUAUGUGUGAAGUGUUCAAUGCAAAGGUAGUAAAAUACAGAGUAAAACCAGUUUUGACAAUGUGUGAGGAGAUUAGGUGCUACUUAAUGAGAAGGAUGACCAAGCACAUUAGAUUGUUAGAACACCAUAGGGGUAAGUUAGCACCAGUUCAAGAGAAAAGGUUGCAGAUGAAGAUAAAACCAAGCAGUAGGUGGAUAGCUGAGUGGGUGGGGGACAAUGAAAGAAAAAGGUUUGAGGUAACCAGAAAGAAGACGAAAGUAGACGUGGAUCUAAUCAAGAACACAUGUUCAUGCAACACCUGGCAAUUGACUGGCAUGCCGUGCAUACAUGCUAUUGCUGCUAUCAGAAAGAGGCAUGACCAGGUUGAGGAUUACGUGCAUCCAUGGUUGUGUAUGGAGUCCAUUCACAAGACGUAUGCACAUUGCAUCAAGCCUGUUCCUAGUGAAGAAUUCUGGACCACAACUGAGCAGCUGAGGCCUGCCCUGCCACCUAUCAAACGGCCUAUUGGGCGGCCAAAGGUGCACAACCGCAACAAGGACCCUGCUGAGGCUCAUAUGCAAGGAGAAAAGCUGAAAAGAAGCUUCUAGGUUACAUGUAGCAAGUGCAACGAGAAAGGGCAUAAUUAUAAAACUUGUAAAGGAGCUCCAAGCAACCCGAACUGGAAACCAAAGAAGCAGAAACCCAAGAAGACAAUUGACAACUCACAAGCUCUGGUGCUGCUUCCCCUUUCACAAUCAGCCCCUCCACCAGAGGUAAGCCGGCACCCAAAAAUGCUUUAGACAUCAGUUGGUUAAGCACUAAUCAGCCCCUCCAUUUUAUGCUUCUUAUUAUUAGUCAGUAAUACAUAAUUGAUACUGCUUAAGCACUAAUUACCCCAUUUGGUUACAUUGCUGUGUCUUUCUUACAUAGGAUCAAAAUCAAUCACAGGGUGAAACAUUGGGUGAACCUAGUGCUGGGGAGGCAGCUGGGUCUGCACCAUUUAUGGCCCAACCUUCAGCUCCAACACAGACUCCAUUCAGACCUCCAUCCCAGGUGCCAAGAAUGGACCAACCAGACUCCAAUGCUGCUGCACAUACUUUCAGACCCAAGCAACCAAUUGUUCGACCACCAACAAGUGCAAAUCCACCAACAAAUCCAACACCACACACA